AUGGCCAAUUCCGAGAAGCAAACCAUUGUGGUGAUCGGGGCAGGGAUAAUUGGAGUGACCUCAGCAUUGACCCUCCUCGAGACCCUUCCACGUCAAAAAUACCACAUCCUCCUAGCUUCCGAGUACUUCUCUACAGACGAUGGACCUAACCCUUCAUAUGCAACCACACUUUCUGGUGCUCAUUACCGGCCCAUCCCAGCCACAACGCCACAGCUGAAAUAUGAAUCCCAUCUGGGAAAACGAACCUACAAACGCUUUAAGGACCUGGCCGCAGCGCACCCAGAGUUCGGUGUGGAGUUUAUGGAGGGCAUUGAGUAUGUAUCGGGAGAGGCUACCUCGUCCUACAGAGCUAUGUUACCGGAGUAUGUCGGGACGGACGGGUUCCGUGUCCUACAAGCCGAUGAAAUGCCGGAAGGUGUGGAAUUUGGAGCUAGGUACGAGGCAUACACAGUUGACCCGGAUGUAUAUAUGAUGCACAUCCUGCGGCGGUUUAAGCUUGGCGGAGGAGAGGCACGUCGAAUGCGACUGAAGUCUGUCAAGGAGGCAUUCGAGAUCAACGGACAUGAAAAAGCAAAGAUAGUGGUUAACUGCACUGGAGUUGGAAUUGAUGAUCCGAAAUCUUUCGUCAUUAAGGGACAAACAUGCCUUGUUUCGAACCAUUGCGAUAAAACCAUAACACAACAACUGGCGGACGGCACUUGGUCAUUUCUCAUACCCCGCCCCUUAAACGGCGGCACCAUUGUGGGCGGUACAAAACAGCCCAAUGACUGGAGCCCGGUGCCAUCUCUUGCUGUUCGCGAACAAUUGCUCAAAAACGCAGCGAAACUAUAUCCCUCUAUUUUAAACAAACAGGGCCAGUUCGAUGUAAUUCGGGAUAUUGUGGGACUCCGUCCGGCAAGACAAGGCGGUAUGCGUCUGGAAUUAGAGACACUGCCCGGUGGCAACCGCAAGAUCGCCCAUGCAUAUGGGCUUGCUGGGAGAGGCGUGGAGUUGAGCUGGGGAGUGGCAGAGGAAGUAUUGAGGCUGGUGCAAACUGCGCUGGACGAUGAAGGACUUUGCAGCAAGCUAUGA